CUGACGAGUUUAUCAGCACUCUUAAUUUCCGACGAACUCCCACCCCCUGAUGCCAAAGGCCUUCUCAGCGACUAAAACCAUAGCAUCUACCGCCAUGAGCCCCACUCACCGCCUAUAUACAGUGAAUAAGUAAAGGCUCAGCGAUGGGGGAUCUGUCUGCCCAUCCGCGUUUUGCACGGAGUGAAAGAAAUGAACGGUCUGUGGAGUACCACUUGUGGAGCGAGUUGAUGGUAGAUGCCUGAUGUUGGUUUUGCGAACGCUAUAGGACGGCGGGGGCGACGCUACGCCGAGUGAAUGGAAGGUUGAGCCGGGACGGAGCGGGUGCGAAUGAGGUGCCGCGCGCGAUGAUGAUGUGUCAAGCGAGGCGGGCAAGGUUGGGCAAAGAGUGGUAUGAAGUUGAUCCUGCGGGUGUAUCGGAAAACGAGAGGCAGCUGUGUGUAGCGCCCGAUGAUGAACAGAGUCAAGGUGGUACGGCUUUAAUCGGAGGAGGGCGUGAUAAACAUGGAUGUAGACGGUCAGACCAAAUGACGGAGCGCGAGACGGACGGUUAGGCUCGUGACGUGCGAUGAGGCUGCAUAGUUCCACAGCCGUGUUCAUCCGCACUUUCUGCAGUGAUUUCUGAUGGUAGGACGACCAUGAGGUCUGUAGGGCUGUGUGUUUCGCGUAGGUUGGAUUUGAAUUAAGAACUUGAGGAUGGUGGAA